GUGAAGAAUUUUGGUAAUAAAUGGAUUUCCCAUUACGGUCUCACUGCGUUUUAAUGAAAUAGUAAACAAAUCUUAAAAUUUGCGAAUUGCUGCAAAUAUGGCCUUUCACCUGAGCACAAAGGAGCGUCUGCUCCUGCUAAUCGACGACAUCGAGGUGAUAGCCAAGGAACUGAUCGAGCAGGCACACCAGAAGAUAUCAAGCACAGAGCUGGGAGACCUGCUGGACUUGCUGGUCGCCAAAGAUGAAGAGUUCCGGAAAAUGCUGGAACUGGCGGAAGAGCAGGCCAAAGUUGAGGAGGCAAUGGACAAGUUGCGUGCCAAGGUGGAGGUUCACGACCGGGAGAUACAGAAGCUGCAGAAGUCUCUGAAGGAUGCGGAGCUCAUCUUAUCCACAGCCAUAUUCCAGGCGCCAAAGCUGGCUAGCAUAAACCAGGCUAACAAGAGACCGGUGUCUUCAGAGGAGCUUAUCAAGUACGCUCAUCGGAUUAGUUCCGCCAAUGCGGUUAGUGCUCUUACCUGGUGCAUCGGAGACCUACGAAGACCGUAUCCUACUGACAUUGAGAUGAGAAACGGUCUCCUGGGCAAGACCGAUCAGAAUAUCAAUGGAGGACUUGUAACGCAUCAAAACAGUGAUCCCUCUGAGCAGCAACGAUCUCUCUCCGGCAGCGCGGGAAGCGGCAGUGGAAGUGGGGCAGGCGGUGAAGUGCCAAAUGCCUUCCAAAACCAAUUCAAUUGGAAUCUGGGCGAGUUGCACAUGACUAUGGGUGCUUCGGGUAACACUGUGGCCCUGGAAACGAGGACCCAGGACGAUGUGGAGGUGAUGUCCACCGACAGCUCCAGUUCCAGUUCCAGCGACUCGCAGUAGGAAGAUCGGGACAAUUAUAAUUAUUAUAAGCUAGGUAUUUAA